GGUGGUCGUUCUAUAGGCUACACAGUCAUUAGGCUUCAUCACAGGAUUUGAGUAAAUAAUUAAAUGAAUUAUUCAGAGGCUCUGUGAUGCUCUUGAGGGGGAUCUCCGCUUACUGUGUCUUUAAAGUCGUGCAGAGGGGAGCCUAUACUCAAGAAAGGAGGGGGCUACUGUGCGCCAGUUGGAGGUGUCUGCCUGUCGCAGCGGCUUGGGUUAGACAUUAAGAAGAGCGUGUCCAUGCUUCAGCAGGGAGAUACAGCGCAUUUUGAAGUCACUGACACACAGACUCAACUCGUUCCAGGCAGAUACUCAUCCGACCGACGACACACGGAUGGACAGAGAAAUAUUGCAAUCGGAAUUCACUUGUCAGCCGGUGCGAGGAAUUUCUGGAUAUAAUGGGGAACACGACACCUAAACCUUUAAUAGAUGCGGCUCUGCAACCACGCCCAGUGGCCAGCAGGCAGUACUACACCCUGCCUAACAAUGGGGCAGGUGUGGAGAGAAGAACUCCUGCCCCUCCAGUUAGUAUCAGCUUGGACUCACCCCGCUUCCAUCCCCAUGCCAAAGGCAAGAACAUCAGGCUGGAUGGGCAGCUUCGGCGUGCCACACGCAAGAACAGCUUCUGUAAUGGCAUCACUUUCAGCCACAGGCCUGUCCACCUCUAUGAGAAGGUACGACUUCGCCUGACUGGCGUGCACACUGGCUGGAGUGGAGCUCUACGCUUUGGCUUCACCAGUUUGGACCCCAGCGAACUGGUUGCUGCAGACAUCCCCAAGUACGCUUGCCCAGACCUGGUAACACGGCCUGGCUACUGGGCAAAAGCUCUGCCCGAGAGACUGGCCUUGAAGGACAACGUGUUGUCAUUCUGGGCUGAUCGCCAUGGAAGAGUUUUCUACAGCAUCAAUGAAGGAGAACCCAUCCUGUUCCACUGUGGCCUCAGUAUCGGCUGUCCACUCUGGGCCAUCAUAGAUAUCUAUGGCAUCACUCAGGAAGUCACACUGCUUGAAAGCGCAUUUGCUGAGAGUGUGGGAUCCAGCUGCCUGAGUGUGGCCCGUCUGAGUGCCUGUCUGCCCCAGAGUAGCCACGACUCAGCCAAUUACAGCAACAAUCAACUGGAGAACAACCAGGCUGCUGCUGCCAAGAUGGCCAACCUCCAGCUCAACAACUACACACAGUUCAUCCCCUGCUGCUCCUCCACGCCAUCCUCAUCUGCCCCCACUGGAUUCAAUGUUCCGAGGGUUAUCCGGGGCCUUCCUUCCCCGCUGGACAAUGACUUGCACUUUCACCCGAUCCGGGGCUCUGAUGUAAUACUCUCUGCUGACCGCGCAGUUGCCUGCAUCCACUUUCUGGACAGCAGUCGAACUCUGGUUUUCAGUGAUCGGCCGCUGCACGUGGGUGAGACUUUUUAUGUGGAAGUAGGCCACCUGGGCCUGCCCUACUUCGGGGCUUUAUUGUUUGGUUUGACAUCCUGUGACCCGGCAAGUCUACAUGCUGAGGACUUGCCAGCAGACCCUGAAGUUCUCCUGGACCGGAAAGAAUACUGGGUGGUGCACCGGGGCUUCCCCAUGCCUUGCUCUGGAGACGUGCUCAGCUUUAGUCUGUUGCCAAACGGAGAGGUGCAUCAUGGGGUGAACGGAGUGGGACGUGGCCGGCUGCUCUGUGUGGACUCCUCUCAGGUCCUGUGGACCUUUUUCACCCUGCAUGGAGCUGUCAACAGACUCAGGAUAUUAGGAACGCUGCAGUCCAGUCCUCCCUCCACAUCCCCCAGCACUUCUCAGAGCAGCAGCCCAGAUGACAGUGACUCAGACCUGGCGUUCAGUGUCAACAGAUCCUCCUCCGCCUCUGAAUCCUCUCUGGUGACUGCUCCCAGUUCCCCUCUCAGUCCUCCCGUCUCUCCUACUGCCUCUGAACCGCCCCCUGCUGGAAAAAAUGGAGAAUGCACCAUUUGCUUCGACCAGGAGGUUGACACAGUCAUUUACACCUGUGGACACAUGUGUCUGUGCAAUGACUGUGGGCUGAAGCUGAAGAGACAGAUCAAUGCAUGCUGCCCAAUAUGCAGGAGGCCUAUCAAAGAUGUUAUCAAAACAUAUCGGCCGUGAUGGUGUUUAAUCAGGUGCUGUGAAUUCCACCGCAAGCUGCCACCUGUGUCCACUUCUCAGGCUUGGCUGCAUUCGGACCUUGGCCUCAAAUGGAGAUUAGCCACACCCGGACAUAAUUGUGCCUAUAUGUCAUUUUCUAUGGGUAAAUCAUUUCUGGAGAAAGAGGAGGCUCUUCAUAUGCCGAACUGUGAUGAAGCCCAUCUUAAUACAAAGGCUGCAUACAUGAGCUCCUAUAUUUUGGCUAAGAAAGAAGAAAUGAAUCAUGUGUUGUGGUUUUCUAUUUUCCAUGUAUGUAUGACUCUUAUGUCACAUGCAAUUGCCGAGCAGAAAAAAAAACCCUGCUGUGAAUAUUUUGUCUUUACCCUCACUGUCCUAGAUUUCUGUGUGCUUCAGCAGACUGUAGUCUAUGACUUCUAGUGCCUUAGAUCUGUCACAUUCUGUGUCCAAGUAAUUAUGCUAACAAUCAUAGCCAUAUUUUCAAUGUAAAGUACUGAAAGCAUAUGGUGAAAAAAGGCACAAAUAUACAUAGGUGCAGUAGUAAGUGAAAAGAUGGAAAUGUAUGGUAAGUGUGUUCAGUGACGUUCUUUGAGAAAUGUACUCUGAAAAUGGAUAAAAUGAAAAAUCUGGUUUUGCACAUUGAGAGAUGAAUAAAAGUGGAUGAUGAUGAUGAU